CUGCUGCAUAGCUCUAAUCACAGUUCUGCAGUGUCUGAGGCUGCCUUUUGCAGCUUUCCCAAAACCCUCUGAUUUCAUGGAUUCCCACACAAGGAGGUUUCUUGGCAGGGUGCAGAGCUGAGCUGUGGAAGUUGUUACCACAGGAGAUGAUGGAUGCUAAAAAGUUGCUGGGCCAGAGGGGAAGCAGGACAAUUUCAUGAUUCAGAAAUCAUUGAAACCAUCUUAAGAGGUAAUUCUGGACCAAAGGCUGCAGGAAGGACAGAGAGAUGUUGGGAACAUUUUGCUGCCUUGUUCUUACACCCCUCCUAAGACAAAGUUUGGUCCCUGUGAGAUGAGGCAAGCUGGGCUAUGGGGAUGUUAUCCAGGCCCACCCUCACACUGCACUCAGAGAUGUGGGAUUCACCUGAGGGUCCUGUGGAAGCAGAUCCUGGUGACAGGAGAAGUGAUGAUAUUCAAAUAUAGCAAUUUUUCAUCAGGAAAUAUUUCUGUAACUCUCUUUUCCCCACAAGUUUUGUCUUUGUGUUCCCUGAGCUACACCAGUGAGCUUUGAACUGCUGGAGUUUUUGCAGGGCAUCAUUCCCACCUACUUGGUAGAGUCUGGGAAUUGAGCUGUGGACACAAACGUGGAUUUCCUCAACAGAAAAAUCCCCGUUAAGGGGGAUUAAGGAAUUGGGAGCAUCACUUCCCAUCUGGGCACAGAGGGAACCUGACUGUGGGGUCAGGGCUGCACCUGAGACACCUCAAAGUGACAAUCCUCCAGCCCAAAUCAUUCUGUGAUUCCACAAUUCUGCUCCCUGUGGAGCUGCUGGCAGCCCUGCUUGGCCAUUCAGGCUGGAGGAUGGAGCUGCCCACUGUGGCACUAAAAAACCCCCAAAAUUCAGAGUGUGGAAAAGCACCAGGACAACCCAGGGCAUGGCACAGACUGAGCAGUGGGGCUGGGCAAGCAGCCCCAGCUGCUCUGGGGGUGGCAAAGAUGGAAAUGAGAAUACAGAGCCACAGAAUGGUUUAGAUUGGAAAGGACUUGAAAGAUCAUUUAGUUCCAGCCCCCACAUUAUGUGGACUUGGCAUGCUGUUCAGUGGGAUUUAGCCCAGCUGCUUUAAUUUUUGAUUUCAGUUGUUUUCUUUCCCUCUCUCUGCUCUCAGUACGUUUCUAUUUUUUUUUCCUGGUCUCAUGCUUCAUCUGAUGAUGCAUUUUCAUUCACAGGAGGGCUUUUAAUUGCUGUGAAGGACUUCAGUCAAUGCUUCACAUUUAUCUCACCCUCAGGAUUUCUGACACUUCUAAUGGGCUGCUAACCCAGGACACAGCAACAGCAGGAUUUUUAGAUUUUAGCAGCGGGAAGAUGCUGACGGACAGGAACGGAUCCUGGCUCUCCAAUUUCUCCUCUGCUGCCUCCUCCUUGGCACGGGGAGGGCUUGGGCUCCAGGAGGUGCUGGUGGGGCUCGUCCUCACCCUCAUCGACGUGGUGACCCUGCUGGGGAACACCGUGGUGUUCCUGUGCCCCGUGGUGGAGAAGAGGCUGCGCACGGUCACCUACAUGUUCAUCAUGUCCCUGGCCAUGGCUGAUUUCCUGGUGGCCUGCCUGGUGAUGCCCUUCAGCAUCAUUUACGAGGUGACAGGGAUGUGGCUCUUUGGGAAGCUGUUCUGCAAAGUCUGGAUCUCCUUCGACGUCAUGUUCUGCACCGCCUCCAUUGUCACGCUGUGCUUCAUCAGCCUGGACAGGUACUGCUCCGUGGUCACCCCCUACCACUACUCCAGGAGGAUGUCCCGGGGCAGAUGCAUCGUGAUGACCUGCACGGUCUGGGUGUAUUCCUCCCUCAUUUCCUUCCUUCCCGUCAUGCAAGGCUGGAAUGAGAUCCCCGGGGUGGACUUUGACGCGGGCAGGGAAUGCAUCUUUGUCACCAACUGGGUUUUUGCCAUCGUGGCUUCUGCCCUGGCCUUCUUCCUCCCCUUCAUGGUCAUGUGCAGCAUGUACUUCUUCAUCUACCGAGCCUCCCGCCUCAAGGCCACCCGCAUCAUGUCCCAGACGCUGGAGAUCCACUACCACCCCAACAGCAAGAGGCAGAACCACCUGCAGCUGGAGAACAAGGCCACGAGGACCAUCAGCAUCAUCAUCUCCGUGUUCGUGCUGUGCUGGCUGCCCUACUUUGUGCUGAACGUGUGGCUGGCGGCCAGGGGCAGCGACUCCACCAGCUCCGUGCUGCUCGGCACCUUCAAGAUCAUCACCUGGCUGGGCUACUGCAACUCCACCAUCAACCCCCUGCUCUACGCCUUCCUCAACAGGGACUUCCAGCACGCCCUCAAGAAGCUGCUCCUGUGCAGGCGCAGGUCUCAGGUGGAUGUUGGGGAAGACAUGGUUUCCAUAGCCACCUUUUCCAAGACCGCUCCAGAGCUGGAAUACAGCACGGCGGUGCCCAACGGCGCCCCCAAGGGCAAACCCAAGUCAUAGGAGGAGCAGUCGCUGGAGGCGGUGAUACAGAAAGCGCUGGAGCACGUCCCAGUGGAAAAACAAAGGGUAGGAAAAGAGGGGAAUCAGGGGCUGGAAUAUUACAAUACAACAAAGAUGCAUUUCUUCACCUUCCACAUGAAGAACUCAGAUAUUUUAGAGGCAAUUUGUUAUAUAUUAAUGGAACUGAUUCAUUCCUGGAUAAUUAUUUUUCUAAUGAGCAUUUUCUAAGACAAAUUCAGCCUUCAUUUGGGUUA